AAAACAACGCGACGAUGUAGCGUUGACGUUUACGAGGAAAUACCUUCGACAGCUUAGGUAGAGUCUAGGGUUCAUACCCACUGAACACAGUUAAUAUCGACAGUGACGAUACCAUUGAAAUUAUGGAUUAUAUAUACGGAAUAACAAUUACAACGUAGAGUUUAUGGUUUAGAUCUACAGCAGAGUUAAAACCUUACAGAACAGAGACAGAGAGUUUGUGAUACCAUGGCUUCGAGGAUUUCCUUCAGCCCGGGGCAUGUUGCGUUGGUGAAGGAGGAAGUGGCGGCCCCUAGUGGCCGGGGCGUGCUGGUGACGGGGGCCUCGGGGCUGCUGGGUCGGGCGGUGCUGGCUGAGUUCCAGAAGGGGGGGUGGAGGGCGGUGGGGACGGCCUACAGCAGGGCGCGCGGCUCCUUGCUGCGCUGUGACCUCCUGGACGAGGAGGCUGUGAGGAGCCUGCUGAACCAGCACAAGCCAGAUGUGAUCGUCCACUGUGCGGCGGAGCGGAGACCAGAUGUGGUGGAGCGCCACCCAGAGGCCGCGGAGAACCUCAACGUCCACGCCACCGGGGCGCUCGCCAAGGAAGCAGCGGCAGCAGGUGUGGUCUUCCUGUACAUCAGUACGGAUUACGUGUUUGACGGGCGACGCCCCCCUUAUGGAGAAGACGACGCCCCAAACCCUCUCAACCAAUACGGACGCAGCAAGCUGGCGGGAGAGCGAGAGACAUUCCGCCAAUGCCCAGGCGCCGUGGUGCUCAGGGUCCCGAUCCUCUAUGGGGAGGUGGAGAGCGUGGCGGAGAGUGCAGUGACUGUGCUGUGGCCGGGCGUGCAGCAGGGGGCAGCAGAGAGCUGCGUCCUGGACCACUGCCAGCAGAGGUUCCCGACCUACACCGGCGACGUUGCAGCCGUUUGUAGGAACAUCGCGGAGCGAAGCCUGCAGGAUGCUUCUGUCCAGGGUAUCUUCCACUUCUCUUCUAAGGAGCAGAUGACCAAGUAUCAGAUGGCGGUCGCCAUGGCAACGGCCUUUAACCUGCCCUCCACCCACCUCAUUCCACUGACCGAGGCCCCCCCCGGGGUCACUCGCCCACAGAACGCUCAGCUGGACUGUUCCCGCCUCCAGUUGAUGGGUCUGGGCGUGGAGCCCCGCCCCUUCUCCGACACCAUCACUUCCUGUCUCUGGCCCUUCCUCCCGGACAAACGCUGGAGACAGACCGUCUUUCACUGAGACGGACGGACGGACGGACGGACGGACGGACGGACGGACGGACGGACGGACGGACAGACAGAAGACAGAAGUGCACUGAAUCAGCCACGUUGAAGAUAGUUAAGAUGUCAGAAUCUCUAAACAGAUUCUUCAUAGGUCAUCUGACCUUGUCCCCAUAGGUCAGCGGACCUUGUCCCCAUAGGUCAGCUGACCUUGUCCCCAUAGGUCAGCUGACCUUGUCCCCGUAGGUCAGCUGACCUUGUCCUCAGAGGUCAGCUGACCUUGUCCCCAUAGGUCAGCUGACCUUGUCCCCGUAGGUCAGCUGACCUUGUCCUCAGAGGUCAGCUGGUGCAGAAGACAGCAAAUUCUCAGUUUGGAACUGUCACGAUACUACACUGGAUCAUGACGAUGAUGAUAAUAAUAAUGAUAAAAUGUGUGUUAAAUAUAACUAUCCUUGUUGUUUUUUAUUGAAAUAAACAGAAAGACACAACUUUA